ACCCCAGACCACCGAGAGGGAACUGUGGGGGGAGUGCCUCGCAGAAUCAGCUGCUCAGACACUGGCCUCUGCCUCUCGCCCCACCCCGCGGCGAAGAUGAGCAGAUGCAGUCCACGUAUGUCCUCCAAGGCCUUCACCUCCACAUCCCGAACAUUUUCCCAAACUACCCCAGCAACCGCUCGGGGGCGCUGGGAGCCCAGGCCGGCGGCUACAAGAUCCCGGAGGCCUGGCUCCUCCUGGCCAACGUGGUGGUGCUGCUGAUCCUGGUGCCCGUGAAGGACCGCCUGCUGGACCCCUGCCUUCUGCGGUGCCAGCUGCUCCCCUCGGCUCUGCAGAAGAUGGCGCUGGGCAUGCUCUUCGGUUUCGCCUCCGUCGUCGUGGCAGGAUUGCUGGAGAUGAAGCGCCUAGAAUACAUCCAUCACAACCAGACGGUGCCCCAGCAGAUCGGGGACAGCGUGUACUACGCGGCGCCCCUGUCCAUCUGGUGGCAGACCCCUCAGUACCUGCUCAUCGGCAUCAGUGAGAUGUUUGCCAGCAUCCCAGGCCUGGAGUUCGCGUACUCGGAGGCCCCGCGCUCCAUGCAGGGCGCCAUCAUGGGCAUCUUCUUCUCCCUGUCGGGGGUGGGCUCGCUGUUGGGCUCCAGCCUGGUGGCUCUGCUGUCCCUGCCCAGGGGCUGGCUACACUGCCCCGAGGACCAUGGUGAGCGGGGCCGCCCUGGGAGUGGGGGGGACGCGGGGGGUGAGGCAUGGGAAGGAGGCGGCCUGGCGAAAUGCUCUGACCCGCGGCCGAACGAAGCAGCAGGCUGGGCUCAGAGAACGGGCUGGCGCUGAAGUUGGCCAAUCGCCCCAGCACGGCUGCCUUCCUUGGGCCUCAGUUUCCCCACCUGUCAAAGGGAAGCAGGGAACUCGGUGCCUCGCGGUGCUUCCUGCUGCUGGAACCCGGCCGUUCCGGGGGAGGGGCCGCUGGCCCUGUGCUGUGUUCUCAGC